GUCAACAAACUCGAUACAGUCAAAAACCCGACAAACUACCGAAACUUAGCAGUGACCGAUUGGACACACAACAAAUCAGCGUGACAUGGAGCCUACAAAUUUACAGAAAGCUAUAGCUGUAGCCAACAAAGCUUCAAAGGAGGACCAGGAUGGAAAUUAUGAGGAGGCUGUUAAAUCGUAUCAACAUGCAGUGAAAUAUUUUCUGCAUGUAGUAAAACGUGAACCACAGGGUAAGGAGGGGAAUCAGAAGAUCAGAGAUAAGUGUAAGCAGUAUCUCGACAGAGCAGAAGAGCUUCAAGUCUAUCUUGAUAACAAAGAGAAAGAUAAACAGCAGGCGACUCAGGACAUAGCCCUGGGGGUCUCCGGUAGUGAUGAGCAGAAAGCUAUAGAUCUGGCCAGUAGGGCAUCUCAGGAGGAUAAGGCCGAAAACUAUGGAGAGGCCCUGCGUUUAUAUGAGAGUGCUGUUCAUUAUUUCCUACAUGUUGUCAAAUAUGAAGCACAUGGUGAUAAGGCCAAACAAAGUAUCCGGGCCAAAUGUGCCGAAUAUUUAGACCGGGCUGAAAAGCUGAAAGAGUUCUUGAAGAAGAAAGACAAAGCCCCUUCGAAACCAGUGAAGGAGUCCCAGUCCAGUGACAAAGGGAAUGAGAGCGAUGGAGAAGGAGAUGACCCAGAGAAAAAGAAAUUUCAGAAUCAACUCUCAGGAGCCAUUGUCAUGGAGAAGCCGAACAUUAAAUGGAAUGAUGUCGCCGGGUUGGAGGGCGCCAAAGAAGCUUUGAAAGAAGCCGUCAUUCUGCCAAUCAAAUUCCCACAUCUCUUCACAGGUAAAAGAACUCCUUGGAGGGGUAUCCUUCUGUUCGGGCCUCCGGGAACAGGCAAAUCUUACCUGGCCAAAGCCGUAGCGACAGAAGCCAACAAUUCCACCUUCUUCUCCAUUUCCUCCUCGGACCUGGUAUCCAAAUGGCUGGGAGAGAGUGAAAAGCUGGUGAAGAACUUGUUCACGUUGGCCCGAGAGCACAAGCCCUCUAUUAUCUUCAUAGAUGAGAUCGAUUCACUCUGCGGCUCCAGGAGCGAGAAUGAAAGUGAAGCAGCUCGCAGAAUCAAAACGGAGUUUCUGGUUCAGAUGCAAGGUGUUGGUACUGACAAUGAAGGGAUCCUGGUACUGGGAGCCACAAAUAUCCCAUGGACGUUGGAUUCUGCCAUCAGAAGACGAUUUGAGAAACGUAUCUACAUCCCUCUGCCUGAAGAGCACGCUCGCGGGUUCAUGUUCAAGCUAAAUCUGGGCAGCACGCCUAACUGUCUCACCGAAUCAGACUUUAUGACUCUGGGCAAGAAGACGGAUGGUUACUCUGGUGCUGACAUCAGCGUCAUCGUCAGAGAUGCUCUCAUGCAGCCCGUCAGGAAGGUUCAGUCUGCCACUCACUUUAAACGGGUACGAGGACCAUCAAGAGAUGAUCCAAAUGUCUUAGUGGAUGACCUCCUAACCCCUUGCUCCCCAGGUGAUCCACAGGCUAUAGAAAUGACUUGGAUGGACGUUCCUGGAGAGAAACUUUUGGAGCCAAUUGUUUCCAUGUCGGACAUGCUGAGGUCCCUCACCAACACAAAGCCCACCGUCAACGAGCAGGAUCUGGAGAAGCUGAAAAAGUUCACAGAGGACUUUGGACAGGAGGGCUGAACAGAGCCGGUGUCCUGAAACCAAAGCAAACAGAAUGUGAUUGUAAUGUCUUAUCUCUUGCCCUUCACACGCCCCUCUCCUUUUGUACCCAUGCUCUUCCUCUGUCCGACGGACCCCCUCAGCUCAGGCUAAAUGCUAGAUGUAAUUUGAAAUGUGCAUCUUUUCAAGCCCACCUCAGUUGUUUUUAAUGGCGGCUCUGCCUGCAAGGCUGCCAUCAGUACCUUGUGACCAUCAUGCACCUUUCAUCUUUAAUUACUAUAUGUCUAUGAUUAACAGUCAGAAGGGCCUACAACAAAUGGCCUGUAAAACAAUUAGCAAAUGUAAUGAGUUAUUACGUAUACCCAGUGACUAAUCGUUUGAAGAAAUACUAAUGUAACUCUUGUUUACAGUCGCAUAAGUCUGUAUGGACAAUAAUUAAGCUCCAUGGCGCAUGAAGACUUUUCAGCCCCAUCUUAAAAUGUUUUUGCUGGCUGUGCUUUGUAGAAGAACCAUUUAAAGUGGCUCUUGUUUGUUGCUGCAAAGACAUCUUUUUAAGGGUGCUGGUUGUGAGAGUGGUCUUUUUUUCCUUCUCGUUUCAGAAAGUCACCACAUUGAGAUCCCCAUUUAACAAUUCAGGCACUAUUUACAAAUACUACAUAUGUUUUUGUCUCCAUGUACAGCAUUACUUUCAGUAUAUUACUGUAAAACGUGAGAUUUCUUCACUGAGUUAUGAGUUACAUUAUAUGUUCUGGGGCCAGCGUUGGACGUUUGUAAAUUCACUUGCUGAGGCUCAGCACACGAUGUGCCUUUUUUGCAUUUGCCUCUUGUCUCUCUGUCUGUCUCUCUCAAUCUACAUACACAGAUUCACACAUAUUGAUGGAUAUAUACCUGUUUUUAUAGGCAGACUGUUUGGGAAUGAUUCAAUGAUAUUUGCACAUUUCAUUUAAAACUUUACAACUAUAUAUCAAUCUAUAUACAGCUCCUAUGCAUUUAUAGGGUGUUUGGUUUGCCAUUUAAAAAUACCUAUAAGACAAUGUAUUAGAAUAUCUAGUAUAGAAAUGUUUGGUUUGUUUUAAGGAUAAGGCCUGUUUGACAGUUAAAAGGGGGUUGUCUUGUUCAUUUUAUUAUUCACAUGUAAAUAAAGGUUGAAAUGGAAAUAA